CUCAAAGAUUUGCUUGAAAUAUUUCAUAUACCGUUUACUUUGCACAGGUUUGAAAGAAACAAUCGCUGGACAAGAGCCCCGACAGUACCGUGAUGAAAGUCAAUUUGGAUCACGUGACAGACAGUAAAGCAUCAUGGGUCUUUUUGGCAGUCACGUGUUGUGUUAUGAGUUUGACUGGUGGAACGCUUGAAUCAUUUAGUGUCCUCGUUGUUGUCUUCAAAGAACAUUUUGGUUCUACCAACGCGAAAAUUGGUUGGAUGGGUGCAGUUGUCUAUUCUUUGGUAAAUUUCUCGUAUCCAAUAGCAGUUUUCAUUCGCCGUCGUUAUGGAUUUCGUGUUAUAACUAUCACAUCUGGACUGUUAGUUACACUUAGUUACAUCGUAACGCCUUUUAUGCCAUCGAUAGACUAUCUAUUCCUGACGUAUUGUGUUGGUCUAGGUUUUGGCGUUGGUUUUAUUGACUGUACGACGGUUGUCAUUUUGCCGGAAUUUUUCGACAAAUAUAUCGGUUUGGCGACAGGAUUUCGUUUGGCCGGUGUUGCUGCCACCUCCAUGACUUUCAAUUUCCUUGUGCCGAUAUUGGUAGACAAAAUGGGAUGGAGAAAUGUUUUGUUCUGUUUUUCAUCCGUCGGUCUCUUGUUGAUUCUGUAUGCGUUCUUCUAUCUAAAGAAGCCAAGAAUAAACGCGGACAAAGCUGUGAAGGCUUCUACAGAACAAGAAAACAAAGCAGUGAUUCCAGUCUUUGAACAUACGUCCUAUAACACCAAGUUAGGAUUCAUUCGAAAUGGCGGAUUUCAAUUGAUCGUUCUCGGUUGCAUUCCGUAUCUAUUUGCCGUUGGUGUUCCAACGAUGUUUAUGGUUGCGUACGCCAAAUCCCUGGGAUAUCCUCUCUCCCAAUCAAAAGGGCUAAUUGUUGCACGUGGUGCGGGCUCAUUGUGUGCUCGUUUCGUGAUGGGCUAUAUCGGGGACAUUGCAACAAGAAGAGGCCAAAUCGAGCACAUUGCAUGCUUGAUCGUCGGCUUUUUUGGUAUAGCAUGUGGUCUAUGUUCCAUCACGAAGUAUUUACCUCUCAUGAUAAUGUUUAUGGCUUUUGCGGGUAUUUUGGAGGGAAUGUUUUGGGUGGUCAUUCCGUUAUUGAUGUACGAACUUACUGGUGGGGUUAAUGCCGACUAUGCUAUAUCCCUGAUGACGGUUUUGAUCGGUAUUUGCAUGUUUGCAGGUCCUUCUUCAAUGGGUCAAGUAUACGAUAUCACCGGAGAUUUUCGCGUCGUCCUGUACAUCCUAUGCAGUUGUGGGUUUUUAUCCGCUUUCAUCACAGCGACGGGAGUUUAUGUGAGGUUAAAAAGCGUAAGAAUGAUUGAAAUACUGGGAAAAAGUAAGGACAAUGAUAGCCUUCGGCAGUGUAACGUGAGAUGUUUGGGUUCGCCAGAUGAAAAGUUAGGAAAGGAAAUCAAACUACACACAAAAUUCCAUGAAAUUACGAUAAUAGCUGAAUACGAGACAGCUGUAUAGAUGUUCUAAACUCAGUAAUAUUUGCUGGGCCGUCAAAUGCAAAAUAAAGAUUGAGGGGGGCCUGGGGUCGAUCCAAGUAUGUGACUACGAUUUAAAGGAUUUGGCAAGGAAGUGGAGUAGAUUAAAAUCUUUCCAACUUUUAUUGUAAUAUAAACAUUUUUAAUAAUGAGCAAAAUAGUUCAAUUUUAUACUUUCAAUCACUGUCAACAUUGUAAAUAUCCUAUCUAUAAUUCGCACUAAAGAUGGCUUGUAGACGAGCCAAAACAUAAUUGCGAUUAAAAAUAUAAAAAUGAAAAA